CACCUGUCCAUAUAUUGCUAUGUGGAUCCAAGUGUGACAUUACAUAAAGCUAUCACCAAGCUUUUCUGCAUCAUCCUCUAGCUAGCUUUCUCAUGGAGGAAGAUAGUAAACAGCCACUCAUCUCUCCAACACACCACAAUGAAACCCAUGAUCAAUCAUCUCCCUCUUCAUUUACCUUCACCGCAGGUGUCCCUGACAUCCCUCCCAUCAAUAGCUUUAGUGAUUUUUAUAGAGAGUACCGGAGAGAGUCCAAGAAGUUUUGGUAUCUUGCUGCUCCUGCCAUGUUCACCUCCAUUUGCCGAUAUUCGCUUGGCGCCGUUACUCAAGUCUUCGCCGGCCACGUUAGUUCUCUUGCCCUCGCCGCCGUUUCCAUUGAAAACUCCGUCAUCGCCGGAUUCUGCUUCGGUAUCAUGCUUGGCAUGGGGAGCGCACUGGAAACACUAUGCGGGCAAGCCUUUGGAGCAAAGCAGCUGGAUAUGCUAGGGGUUUAUAUGCAAAGAUCAUGGAUCAUUCUAAACACUACAGCUUUAUUAUUAAUGUUUUUGUACAUAUUCGCCGAGCCACUUUUAGAGCUUAUAGGAGAGACUGCUGAGAUAUCAAAGGCAGCAGGGGUAUUUGCGUUGUGGAUGAUACCUCAACUAUUUGCAUACGCAAGUAAUUUCCCUAUAGCCAAGUUUCUACAGGCUCAAAGCAAGAUCAUGGUGAUGGCUGUGAUAGCAGGGAUGGCCUUGGUGCUUCACACUUUCUUUAGCUGGUUACUGAUACUGAAAUUAGGAUGGGGCCUGGUGGGUGCAGCCGUGGUAUUAAAUGGAACGUGGUGGUUCAUAGUUUUGUCUCAGUUCUCUUACAUACUUAGUGGGACUUGUGGAGAAGCAUGGUCCGGACUUUCAUGGAAAGCCUUCGAAAAUCUUUGGGCAUUUGUUAGAUUAUCUCUUGCAUCGGCUGUAAUGCUCUGUUUGGAGGUGUGGUAUUAUAUGGCAUUAAUUCUCUUUGCUGGAUAUCUGAAGAAUGCAAAAACUUCGGUAGAUGCCCUGUCUGUAUGCAUGAACAUAUUGGGGUGGACGGUUAUGAUGGUGAUGGGAAUGAAUGCGGCUGUAAGUGUGAGAGUGUCAAAUGAGCUAGGCGCAGCUCACCCGAGAACGGCGAAGUUUUCGUUACUAAUAGCUGUAUCGUCUGCCUUUAUUUUCGGCCUUCUCUUCUCUAUGGUUUUGAUCAUCACACGCAACGACUUCCCAGCCUUGUUCUCAAGCGACACAGAUGUCCAAGAGCUUGUCAAGGAGCUAACACCAUUGUUGGCUCUCUGCAUUAUUAUUAACAAUGUUCAACCUGUUCUCUCUGGGGUUGCCGUGGGAGCUGGAUGGCAAGCCACUGUAGCGUACGUUAACAUUGGAUGUUACUAUAUCAUCGGGAUUCCUUUAGGGGAUCUGGAUAGGGAUGAUGUCAGGGACCGCCAUACAGACUUGUAUCCUUUUCGGUUUGAUUUAUAAAGUUAACUGGAGCGAAGAGGUAAAUAUUAAUAAGCUAAGCCAUUAUCACCUUUCUCGUUCAUUGAGCGUUGAAACUGAUAUGAUCCGGUGUUAAAUGCAGGCUACUAUCGCUGAAAAUAAGAUAAAGAAAUGGGGAGGACGACAGACUCGUUCCCAAGAGAAUGAUUUAGGCCAAUGAAUUUGUUCCCCCAACGGUCGUGCUUCAAAGUAGAUUUUGUUUUUCUUCCCUGUUGUUUUAGUCACACUGACGCCAUUUGGCCAUUUUUCAGGUACUAAUUAAGGCCUUUUAAGUAGGUUCUCGUUUAUUCCAAGCCAAUAUUGCAAAAAUGGUUGAAUGUCUUAAUUUGCAUUGAAAUAUUCCUUUUUUUUUUUUUUUAAUUCUAAAAAAUAAAACAA